AUGGACAAGUUGAGGCGCGCGUUCGAGGAGUUGCUCGCGGCAGAUGACGUCACUCCCUCCGAGCUUGCCAAGGUGGCGGGCAAGAGCAUCUCAGUUUGGGGGAACUAUCCGGGCAAGGAUAAGAAUACGGUUGUGGGGCCACUUUCGGAAGACGAGCGGCUCAUGUCGAGCAAUGCCAAAGAGAUGUUGACAUUUGUCAAAGUUCUCACAGAGGCCUGCGAACGAACGGGGGAGGCGCUCAGGGGCGCGGCGAUACUGCUCUCCGGCGACAACCAAGGAGCAGUGAGAGCGGUGAACGCUAUGAGCAGCCGUGCCCUUGACGUAAACGAAACAGUGCGACAAUUGUCCGAGCUUUGCGUCCGAGACGACUUCGACGUGGUGGCCCAGUAG